CAGAUAUAGUGAAUGCAGGGUCCGGGGAGACCAGAUAUAGUGAAUGCAGGGUCCGGGGAGACCAGAUAUAGUGAAUAAAUAAUGAAUGCAGGGUCCGGGGAGACCAGAUAUAGUAAAUGCAGGGUCCGGGGAGACCAGAUAUAGUGAAUGCAGGGUCCGGGGAGACCAGAUAUAGUGAAUGCAGGGUCCGGGGAGAUCAGAUAUAGUGAAUGCAGGGUCCGGGGAGACCAGAUAUAAUGAAUGCAGGGUCCGGGAGACCAGAUAUAAUGAAUGCAGGGUGCGGGGAGACCAGAUGCAGGGUCCUGGGGAGACAGAUAUAGUGAAUGCAGGGUCCUGGGAGAGCAGAUAUAGUGAAUGCAGGGUCCGGGGAGACCAGAUAUAGUGAAUGCAGGGUCCUGGGAGAGCAGAUAUAGUGAAUGCAGGGUCCUGGG